AUCAAACCCCACCUUCCAACCAUCAUAUAAACACUCACGCACGCUCUAAACUGAUGAACACAAAUAGAUUUGAAGUUUGAGCCGAUCAAAGUUAGUACGUUCGUUUCUGCAGUGAACACCCAACAUCCUCUGCUCUAGCAUCCAUGGCUUGCAAACGCCUCCUGCUCGUGAUCGGGGUCGUCGCCGUGGCGGGCGCGGUCGCAUCUGGCGCGCCGCCUCCGCAGCCGGCGCGCAUCCAAGCGGACGUCGUUGUGACGGGCUUCGUGCCCUGCAACAACGGCACGUCCAUGAGAACGGGCUCUGCUCCGGGGUUCCCAGGCGCGCUGGUGGAGCUGCAGUGCACAGGCGACGGCGCCGCCAGCGCCUUGGCGGCGAACGCGACGACGGACGGCAAGGGGUGGUUCCGCAUGGCGGUGAACACGACGGUGGCGCCGUCGAGCGUGGCGAGCAGCUGCAGCCUCGUGGUGGAAACCCCGCUGGUCGCCUGCGACGCGACGCUCCCGGCCGCCGGGACGCUCCGUUCCGGCCUCCGGCGGCUCGUCAGCAUUGUCUUCUUCCCGCGUGGUUUCUCCUACGUGGCGACGUCGGCCGAUGAUUCGCCAGCUGCUUAGUUUCAUCGAGUCGGCGAGUGGGUAUCGCAUUGUAGCCGUCACAAAAAGCGACGGACGACCAAAGCAGUAUAGGUGGAUGGGUUGUGUCAUAUCGCCUGCAGAGCUAAAUACUUCCCUACCUUCCAUCCUUGAAUAUAAUAAAUUAAAUUCGGA